AAUUGAUUAAUAAGUGUGCGCUAGCUAUCUAGCUUUAAAGUUUUUAACAAACCCCACAUAAUAGUGCCAAACCGGGGUCCUUAAAUGCUGCAGUUGGUGCAGUUGUGCAGCGCCCAUUACUGCAUCAACAAUUAGCCACGCAACUGCAUAAGAGAGAAAAGUCAGAGAUAAAUGUUCUCUAUAGAUCUAGCAUUUUACAUUCUGAUUCAUUCAUAAUUACUACUACUACAUCCACAAUUUCAUUUUCAUUACAACUCUCUCUCUCUCUCUCAGCAGCAGAAACACAAUACCUUGUGCAAUUGUGCCAAAGGGCAAUGAACUAUAUUCAGACCAAAUGCGUGGUCAAGCGCAAAGGCAAAGAAACCGGUGAAAGUGAAACCUUGUGUUUUACAAAGUCCAAGGAUAACAACAAUAACAACAUGUGCGACCGCCACUGCGGAAAACGCUACCCUCUGUUGUCGUUUUGGGAGCUGCCGGAAUUCAUGAAGGACAACGAAUACAUUCUUCGUUAUUACAGAGCCAAUUGGCCUUUCAAGCAAGCUCUCUUUAGCCUCUUUCGUUGGCAUAACGAAACCUUAAAUGUUUGGACGCAUUUAAUUGGGUUUUUACUCUUUCUCGGAUUGACCCUCGCGAAUUUGAUGAAGCCUAAAGUGGUGAAUCUCUUGGAACUCUUUACCAGGUCUUUUUCUUCAAGUGCGGAAAAAAAUGUUUCUCAUAACAUCAAAGAUUUGUUUCUGGGAACAACAUUACUCUUUGAUUUAAAUCAUCAAAUACCUUUGACAAUCGAACUUGAAUCCACAGCACUGGUUAUAGCAAGAUGGCCAUUCUUUGUUUUCCUAGGAGGCUCUAUGUUCUGCCUCCUCUCUAGCAGCAUGUGUCACCUCUUUUGUUGUCACUCCCGCGACUUGAACCUGUUCCUGUGGCGAAUGGACUAUGUAGGAAUAGUUGUCAUGAUCAUCACCUCCUUUUUCCCUCAAAUCUACUAUGUCUUCCUAUGUGAACCUCACUGGCAAAUCAUCUACCUUGCUGGGAUUACAGCCAUGGGACUAUUCACCAUCGCAACGAUGCUCUCUCCAACACUUUCCACUAGCAAAUACCGCACAUUUCGGGCCAUGUUGUUCUGUUCAAUGGGACUUUUCGGCAUUGUGCCUGCAAUCCAUGCAUGCUUUGUGAAUUGGAGCAAUCCUAGACGCAACAUUACCUUAGCAUAUGAAAUUGGCAUGGCCUUAUCAUACUUGACAGGGACCUUUUUCUAUGUGACAAGGAUACCCGAAAGGUGGAAGCCAGGGUGGUUCGAUUUGGCAGGUCAUAGCCAUCAAAUAUUUCAUGCUCUUGUUGUUGUUGGGGCAUUGGCACAUUAUGCAGCCACUCUUCAAAUGCUAGAGUGGCGUGACUCUUUUGGCUGUGACACGGUUCCAUAAUUCAUGUAUCUUUCACAACAUGAAUUAUAUGCAAUAUAAGAUGUAUCUUUCACAUAUUAAUUGUAGUGGCGCAAGCUUUUCUGUAGUGAUAAGGAGCAUUGUUUCAUUGUUGUUGGGUUUCAAGAAUGUGAUAACUACUAAAGUCCAAAUAGGCUGUGAUUCUUCUGAAUAUAAUUAUUUAUUUCUCCUCUUCCUCUUC